AUGCGCACCCUACUGCGAUCCGCCGUCACACCCUCUCCCUCCACCGCCCCUAGCGCCACCGCCUUCGCCGCACGUCUCAAGAAGUCCACCAACAUCACCGGUCUCGACGUCUCCACCUCCCCCCUUUCCGAACUCGAAUCUCGCUACACUAAGACUCUCUCCCUCCUCUCCACCCUUCCCGAGCAAUCGGUAUACCGACAGGCCACGUCCGCACUCACCCAGCAGCGCCUCGACAUUGUCGCUAAAUUCAACGGUCAGGCUAAAGCCGUGAGCAGCAAACCGGAUCAACUGGAGGAGCUCUACGAGCAGGCGGAGCAGGAGUUGGACGCGGGACAGCUGGAACAGGUUUUGGAGCAGGCAGUGGCUGAGUACAGGUUGGCCGCGAAGAUGGUCGAUUGGAAAGCUUGGGAACCACUCGAACAUCCUCCAGCUCCAGGACAGUGGAGCUACUUCAGCAUGGCAGAAGAGGCAGGUGAAGGUGGAGAGGACCAGAACGUCGAUGGUGGGAAAAAGUAA